AGCGCGGUUUACCCAUACUAUCCACUUCGUCUCUUUGCGGUCAUAGGCUCUGCUAUGAGCUCCAAAGAUCGUGUCUGUCAAUGUCAGUGAGAUUUCUAGAGCGAUAUCAUUAAUAAUUUGGUUAAUUCCCAUCUGAAUUUCAACCAUCCGAAGCUUGAAGAUGGAAGUGCAUAUCAAUGAAGAUGAACAUACGACAAGUGGUGUUAUCGUUAAGAAAUUUUGCGGGGAAGUAAAAUGUGGGUUCUCAGAUUCCAAGAACAGUUCGAAUGAAGAACAAGAACGUACAGCCUCUAUGAGGAAACUAGGUAUCGCGGUUGGACUCUGUGUCAUCUUUAUGGCAGUUGAAGUUGUCGGAGGCAUCAAAGCUAAUAGUCUCGCCAUUUUGACUGACGCGGCCCACUUGUUGUCUGAUGUGGCGGCCUUCGCGAUUUCCUUGUUCUCGAUAUGGGCAUCGGGGUGGGAAGCAAACCCUCGACAAUCCUAUGGUUUCUUUAGGAUUGAGAUACUCGGGGCCUUAGUUUCCAUUCAGAUGAUUUGGCUUCUUGCGGGUAUCCUUGUUUAUGAAGCCAUUACGAGACUCCUUCACGAAACGGGUGAAGUCCAAGGAUUUCUUAUGUUUCUCGUCGCUACUUUCGGUCUAAUUGUCAAUAUUAUAAUGGCUGUCUUAUUAGGCCACGAUCACGGGCAUGGUCAUAGCCAUGGGGACCAUGAUCAUGAUCAUAAUGGGCAUGGUCAUAGCCACGGGGACCAUGAUCAUGAUCAUCACGAGCAUGAUCAUGGAGAUGAGGAGCAACCACUAAUUAAAGAUGGAAAGAAGAAAAAAACGAGAAAUAUAAACGUGCAAGGGGCAUAUCUUCAUGUGCUCGGAGAUUCGAUACAAAGUAUUGGCGUGAUGAUUGGCGGGGGACUUAUAUGGUGGAAACCGCAAUGGAAGGUUAUUGAUCUAAUUUGCACACUUGUGUUUUCAGUGAUUGUGUUGGGAACGACGAUCAAUUUGUUAAGGAAUAUCCUCGAGGUUUUGAUGGAGAGCACUCCAAGAGAGAUUGAUGCGGGUAAGCUAGAAAAGGGAAUAUGCGAGAUGGAUGAAGUGGUGGCGAUUCAUGAGUUGCAUAUUUGGGCGAUUACGGUUGGUAAGAUUUUGUUAGCUUGUCACGUGAAAAUCAAACCUGAAGAAAAUGCAGAUUUGGUACUAGAUAAGGUUAUAGAGUAUAUUAGGCGAGAAUACAAUAUUAGUCAUGUUACUAUUCAAAUAGAACGGGAGUGAAUAUGAAUGGAUCGGAAGAAGUGUCGUUUGAAAUCCAAUUGUGUCUGUCUUUUCGGAAUCAAGGUGGUUCUAGGGUACUUUUUUCGGAUGGUUGUUAUGAGUGGUUUUGGCUUGAAGAUGUGUCCAAUUACUAUUAUGUUGAAGUAAGCAUUCCAAUGUUUUAUUUUUAAUUCGUUUCAAAAUGUUUGGUAGUUUGAAUGAAGAUGAAAUUGUGUUA